GGCUAAAACACGCUAACAAAACAUCACCAAAAAGUUCAAUUGGCGACCGUCCCAUCGCAUGGCACUUUGGUAACCGCUCUGUUUCAAACGGUCACACCAACAGAAAUGCCCAACCAAACCCCAGUUGCUGCCGCGACACCUGACAGCAGCAGCAGCAGCAGCAACGCCUACGUCCGGCUACACGUCUCUCCUCUAGACGCCGAACUUCUCCCCGUCGUCCUCAACUCGACCUUGCUUCCCAAGGCUCGCAACGUCUCGUUCCAUACCCUUGAAACUUUUCCCGAAAAGCGCUACGGUUUCGUCGAACUCCCCAAGGAAGACGCCGAAAAAGUCCGCAAAAAGUUCAACGGCGCCGUGCUGAGAGGAGCCAAGAUGAAGGUCGAUCCCGCCAAACCAGACAAGAACCCCGCGCCGUUGGGCGAGGAAGUCGCCCUGGCCGAUGAGAAGAGCUCCAAAAAGUCAAAGAAGUCGCGUGAUUCCUCCUCGUCUUUGGGAGAAAAGAAGUCCUCCAAGAAGCGCAAGCGCGACAACGCCGAAGAGAUCACCGGAGUCGUGCUACCGGAGGGCAGACAGGUCAAGCGAGGAUGGACGUCUGCCGACGAGCCCAAGAAGGAGAGAAAGGACAAGCGCGACAAGAAGGGCGAUAAGAAGGAUAAAAAGGACAAGAAGGACAAGAAGAAGCAGCGGGUCAAGUCAAAAUACACAGAACAUGACGAGUGUCUUGUCAAGACGGUGCUGCCACCAAACAAGGUCGCGAACACGGAAGGCAUGGAGGGUAUGGUCAAGAAGAAGAAGAAGAAGGACAGCAAGCGCGAGGUGGUGGUUCAUGAGUUUGCCAAGACGACCAAGUUCCCGACGUUCCUAAAGGCGGCGGCGACUUCUGGCUCAAAGAAGGCUCCUUCACAUUUUGAUGAGGAGAAGAAAUGCUGGGUGGAUGAAGAUGGUAAUGUCGUUGAGGAGGUCAAGGCUACGCGGAAACCAACAACUGGCCUGCUCAUGCUUGACGCUGAGCCCCAGCCCGAGGACGACUCUUCCUCGUCGUCUGAGGAUGAAGGUGAGACGCGGAUUAUCAAGUUGUAUCACGAGUCCAGCAGUGAAUCCGAGGAGGAAGACGACGAGGAGGAGAAGAAGAACGACAAAGAAGAGGAUGAGGACGGGAACGAAUCGGGAAGUGAAUCUGAAGAGAAGUCAGCAGACGAGGAAGAGACCGAGAGUGCUCUCGAACUCACAAAAGAAGAGUCAGCGUCCGAUGCUGAAUCCAGCGACAGUAGCGACGACGAGGACGCUUCUUCUCCCUCAGACAAGAAGAAAUCGACACCUCCACCAACCGAAAAGGCGGCCUCCUCUUCCAAGGUCACCUCCAGCCCCGGCAAAAAUCUCUCAAUCAGGAUUCCUCCUCCCGCAACUCCAGCCACCAAAACCGAGGUGCACCCCCUGGAGGCGCUCUACAAGAAGCCUAAGGACGGAGGAGAAGCCGCAGAAGCCCAGCCUACCACCGGCUUCAGCUUCUUUGGCGGCAAUAAUGACGACAUCGAAGAGGAGGAGGAAGACGUUACUACUACCGCCACACGCACCACCUCUCUCCAGGUGCCUCUGACUCCCUACACCGAAAAGGAUUUCGAGUAUCGCGGCCUUAGAAGCGCUGCGCCCACGCCUGAUACGGCUCACCCGAGCCGGAGGUUCAAACCGUGGGAGGACGAUAAUGAGGAUAUCCAGGAGGAGGAUGAAGAUGAAGAUGAGGAUAUGGUGGAUGCCGCCGCGGCAACGGGAGCUUCCGAGACUGGUGCGGACGGAGAGAAGCCCACUAGCACCAGCGACUUCCAGAAGUGGUUCUGGGAACACCGUGGUGACCUUAAUCGGUCGUGGAAGAAGCGGAGGAAGUUGGUGGGUAAGGAGAAGAGGUACAGAGAAAAUAGGGCGAGGAUGGCGAGGGCUAUCUAGGUCGAGGCUUCGUGUCAAUACAUGGUUCAAUAAGCGUCCCUAUGCCGGCCGAUCAUCUCGUUCCUACUUCUUGAACUCUUUUACACCUGUAGGUGUCUCUAUGCUACUCUUUACAUCAUUAUUGACCUAUGUGGUCCUCCUUCCUUUCUUGAUUAUUGAGCCAAGACUAUAAUGGCUCUAUCCUGGCAGCAAAACGAUCCCUAUGCGCCCAAACCGUUACACCAUCCUUUGGGUAUCCGCUGAAAAGCA